GCUGGCCACGCGCGUCACAGAGGCGGGGGUUCUAGCCGCGGCGCGUGGCGGGGGCCUGCACAGUCCCAGGUAAAGGAUGCGCAGAGCUGGGGGCUGCGGGGGCAGGGUGUGCGCACCAUGUUGCCGUCCUGGCUGUUUGGAAAGGCCUUUUAAAGCAAUGGCGCUGAUGAAGAGCGGCUGGCUUUGGAGACAGAGUUCCAUUUUGCGACGCUGGAAAAGGAACUGGUUUGUCCUGUGGCUAGAUGGUGGCCUUGUAUAUUAUCAGGAUGAGACUCAGCGUGACCUGGAGGGCAGGAUCCACAUCAAAUUCAACUGCCGGGACAUAAAGACUGGCCGCGAAUGCAGAGAUGUGCAGCCCCCGGAAGGGAAGAGCCGAGAUUGCCUGAUGACGAUUGUGCUGCGAGAUGGCUCCAAAGUGACCCUGUGUGCAGAGAGUGAGGACGACGCGGUCGCCUGGAAGAUGGCAGUGCUGGAGGCGAAAAACACCCCGGUCCAUAUGUACAACCCGUAUGACGACUAUUACCAGACAGUGCCCUUGGACUCCCACCAGACCAUGUACGUCAGCUCGGGAUACUACGGCAACCAGUACGGAGCACCUGGAGUGACUCACGUGAUUGUCCGCGAGGACCCCUACCGCGUGUCGGGAGACCAGAUGGCUUUGGGCCUGCUGGCUGGCGCCGCCACCGGGGCCGCCCUGGGAUCCUUCAUGUGGAUGCCGUGCUGGUUCUAAGAACUCGCUCGCCUGCAGGACGCCUCUGCACCAAGCGCUUGACCGAGAAGUUUGGGUUCCCUCCAGGAGGCCUGCGGGGCGAUGCCCUAUAACGUAGAUCGUUGUAAGGUUCCCCUCCCAUCCCCAAUGAGUCUGCACUUUGCUUGGCGUGCCUGACUAGGUGCAUUGGUGGCAUAAAUUUUCCUUUGCCUCCUAAUCCAGCAGUCAUUAAAUUUUCUGAUCACUCAACACAAUCCAGAUGCCCCUGGCCCACACUGACCUAGGCACUGUGCCUGCCCAACCAGACCUUGACCAGGGCCAAGCAGAGAGUGCUGCAGAGACCUCCGGUACCUCCCAGCUUCUCCUUCUACUCUGAAAUGACAGCUUCUGCUCCUGGCCCUCCUCUGAAGAGAGGGACAGAGGAGGUGAGCACGGAGCCAGAUCCUUAGCUGGUGUAGGGUGAUUUAACUCCACUGAUGUCAGUAGGGUGAUGCUAGCUUACGCCAGCUGAGAAUCCUGUCUCGAUUGGCCCAUGGGUUUCAGAUCCCUGUAGCGUACAGGCCAGUGCUGUGUAAGUUGCAGAUGUUUUAUACGUUGCGUUUACAAGAAAUCCUCCUUGGACUUAAAUAGGAAGUAAAAGGAAACAGCCCCUUUCCUAUGUAGCAGCCCCCCUCAGGUGUGUAACAUAUAUAGAACAUGUGACUGACAAGCUGUGUAAAGGAAACACAGAAGUCAUCCCACUGUGGGGAGAGGGGGUCAGGGUAUUUUAGUUUAGACGUGAUUCUAUAUGGUCCAGUGCACAGUGAAGAGCAAUAGGCAAAGUCUACUGUGUAUUUCACGCCACCUGUAAAACGUACUUGGACAUGAGCCACGCGAAACCUUCUGUGUCAUAUUUACACCAGCGCAUGCUGACACUUACCCAGCGUCUGUUACACUCCACUCACCUAUUAAAAAGAUACGACUCACUCGCUAAGUGUAUGACGCCCUCUGUCCUUCCCCCACGGUGCUUUGUGCUGGGGCUGGCCUGUUGGUUAGCGCCCAGUCCCUUCUUCCCCCUACGGUCUAUCCCUCAGCCCCAUCUCUUGCUCUCUGAGCUGCUGGGGCUGAGAAUGCCACCCCCAGGCGGCAGGACAAGGGAGGUCUUUGUGGCAACCCUGCGGUGGACCCCUAAAGCGCUAGGCCAUGAAGGGGACCAUUGCCACACAGGUCACUGCCAGCAGGGGGAUUCGGGAGGAGCGUGAAGUUCAGCCCUUUCACGGGCUCAUGGCCAAUGCUCAGGCCAUGCCAGGGCCCCAUGCUGCUCAACUCUUACUCCCCCUUCGAGGCGGCAGGACAGUGAGUGAAUAAGACGUGGCAGGCACAAGCUGUGCCCCUCCCAUUGGCCCGGUUCCGGCCACUUCUAGAUGGUUUCCGCUUUUCACUACAGCCUGCACUGGUGGUGCCUGACUAUACGGCCAAUUCCACACUUGGCUGCUUGAGCCCCCAGACUGACCACCUGCUAGGAGCAGAGCCCCUGGUUUCACCCCAGGACACGAAGAGGGAAAGCACCUGCAGAAUGGAUUGGGCCAGGCUGGGAUGAAUGGGAGGAAGAAAUUAUACCUAUUUUAUGCCCUGUGCAAGGGUGCCCAUUCUCUGCCCACCCUUGGGAGUGGGUACACGCAAGGGUGGAGGGCAGUAUGCCCAAUCUGUGCCCAGUGGCAGAACUUGGUACAUGAAAGGGUGGGGGGGGCAGUAUGCCCAUUCUGCAGCCACGGGCAGGAGUGGGUGUGCACAAGGGCGGGGGGCAGUAUGCCCAUUCUGUGCCCACCUGUAUUCCAAGAGGCAGGCACACGCCAUGCAAAUUGCUGAGGGAAAGCAGGUUGUUUUCCCAUCUCUCUUAGCGGAUCUGUGGGUGGCAAGAGGCAGUUUUUACACCCCACAGGGUUUCUAGGAACCCAGUGCAAUCCAGUAGCAGGCAUUAACCCUAGCCGUUUCCCGUGCACUGUCUGGUACUGUGUUGUAACCCCCGUUGCUCACUGAUACUGGCACGUCCAGAACCACGCAGGGUGGGGUCUGUGAAGCGUUCUGUGAUGCCGCUGUCCAUCUGACGCGCUGCAGAAAUGAAACACGACCCUCUAGUAACAGUGACGCCUGCAAACGCACCUCGCCCCUGUGUGGUUGGUGGCUUCAGCAGUGCUGAUGCGUCUGGCCUGAGGCAUUGCUCCCAGAGGGGGAGUUGUGUUAUGAGUGUGGGGCUAAACCCUCAGUGGGAUUCUAUUUUAAAGAGCCCCUCUAAGGAUAUCAGGGAUAACAGUGGCAACAGACCAUGGACCAGAUUCUGACCUUGUUUGCCCCACUGUCAGACAGCAGCAGCUCCAUUGACUUCAAAGGCGUGACCUGGGUUUACCCUAGUGAAAGUUAAAGCAUAACAUGACCUUAUCUCGUGCAGUGGAGAAAGGUGCCGGCCAGUAGCUCAGCACCCUUCUCAUUCAGCUGCUGUGAGGGCUUUUCCCCAAGGAUGACUGACAGAAUUGUUUACAAUUCAACAAGUGAUUUCCUUAUGUGCAUUAGGUAAGAGUGCACCCGUAGACAGGGUUAAGGGGAUGAGCAAUCAGCCUUAGCCACACUGUCCAUUUCAGAGACUGCGAGGUAUUUACUGUGCUGCUAAAGGGACACAGAAAACAUAAACCAUGUACUUAAAGACAGCCCUUGUGUCUGUUACUAAUAGCUUAGCUCAGUGGCAGCCAGGGGUACACGUACCCGUAGGGGUACGCAGAGAUCGUCCAGGGGUACAUCAACUCAUCUAGUUACUUGCCUAAUUUUACAACAGGCUACAUAAAAAGCACUCGCGAAGUCCAUACAAACUAAAAUUUCAUACAGACAAAAUGCAACAGUCAGCAAUUGUUCAGUAACAGUGUGGCUGUGACACAUGUAUUUUUAUGUCUGCUUGUGUAAGCAGGUAAUUUUUAAGUGAGGUGAAAUUUGGGGUAGGCAAGACAAAUCAGACUCCUGAAAGGGGUACAGUAGUCUGGAAAGAUUGAAAGCCACUGGUUUAAGAUGAUUUAAACUGCAAGGCUGUUAAAACCCAAUCCUGCUUUCGUCAGCAAUCCUGGUCUCCAUCAGCUGACUCAGGCUUGCGGAGAUGAAAAAUUGCUGUGUAGACAUUCAGGAUCGGGCUGGAUCCUGGGCUCUGAGAUGCCACGCAAGAUGGGAGGAUGUUUGCCCAACCUGGGCCGUGAAGCUGGACUGGUCAGUUUCCCUUUCUGGUUGUCUUGCACUAGCACAAAGCUGCGGUGCUGGGGUGCAAAUGCUGCAGGGGAUGGUUUCCAUAAAUAGGAAAAAACAAUUCGGUCACAUAUAAAAAAACCCUGAAAAUGUUUCUGCUCAUUCAGUUUUGUAACAAGCUGAUUCAGAUCCAAUUGAAGGCUUCAAUUCUAGCUCGACCUGCGCAAUGGGGGCUAAGAGGGCACAGGGCACAGAUUUUCCACUCUCCUCCCUUGCAGGAUGCCAGCAGUAUGUGGCCAGGGGCACCCUUUAGUCCAGAGGGUGGGGAAUGGCUAGUGCUCCCGGUAUUGCUCCAUGGCCUCAAGGGGCUGUGGCCAACUGGGUUGUGGGCAUGGCAGCACCUGCAAUCACUGGGUGGAAAGAGCAAAGUACUAUCCUGCUUAUAUCUACCCUGUGCAGGGAUAAUGCCCAGAGCAUCGCUGCUUGGCUGGGCUGCUGGGGCUGCCUACUCAGUACUCCAGAGGAACAAGGGCACGGUUUGGCCCUAAAAGGAGUUGACAGCGACCCUGUUAAGUGUAUUUGCUUCUGUGAAUACUGGAGAUGUGGUAGGAAUGGGGGGAACCCUAACAACAGGCAUGGGGGCUGACUGAGAACAGAAGAGGGGGUUUUGCUGUCUGUCUCCUGCGUUUAUUUUAUGUAGCCAUCCCCUCCAGGUGUAUUCUGACCUGGUUUGGUUCACAUUGGUACAGUAGCUGUCCUUAACAGGAGGUUUUAGUGUUUUAAUGCUAAUAUGUCAAUGUUCCCUUGCCACUUUUGCUUUCUCUUUUUGUGUGCCGAGGAGCAGAGGUUUGUUGUGUCACUGUUGCUAUCAAUCCACUAAUGUAGAUUUUGAAAAUAAAGGCUAUUUAGAUCUAAUAAAGGUGGUUCUUCACUA